GGUCGCUAGUCGGGCACUGACCCUGCUUGCAAGAUUAUUGUCGUUGGUUUGCCUCGCUCGAACAUCGUUAAAAUCGAAGGUCUCAGCGUGCGUAAUAAAUUUACCCGCAAUAAGUUUGGUUGAUUGUUUUUCGAAAAUGGUUGAAGGCGAUUUGAAAGUGAACAUUGACUUGUGUCUCGAAGUCGAGAAACAUCCUUGCUUAUACGACAUCACUCGAGAAGAUCAUGCGAAACGGACAAUUGCAGAUAAAGCCUGGACGGAAGUUAGUGGAAAAGUCGGAUUACCAGUUGAAGCCUGCAAAAAACGUUGGUCAAAUUUGAGAACAGUCUACGUCCGGAGAAGAUCUAAUCCAUCGAAGAACGGCGGAGGUAUCAAGAAAGACUACUACUUGAACAAGUAUAUGCAAUUUCUUAAUCCAUACACCAGAAUUGCUUCAAGAAAUCAUUCGUCGCGAGUUUCCAGUGGGAAAGAUCAACCAUCCACGUCAGAGCAAGCAGGGCAGUCAUUAGAAAUUCAGCAAAGAGAUGCAUAUGAAGAUGAUUCAGAGGAUGGAUUUGCCUACCUAACAGCUAAAGAAGAUGAUCAGAGUGCCGAUAAUGAUCAUAAUCAACCAGUGAUUAACCAAAAUGUUCGCCAACAGCCCAACAAAAGAGCGAUUCAUGUAUCCGAGUCGUUUUCAGAACACGCCCAGUCCAAGAAGCAAAAGCUAAGUGUCGAUCCGGAAAAUCCACGCCGGUGUUUCUUGCUAAGUUUAAUGCCAGAAGUCGAGGAACUACCUGAAGCCCAAUUUAAAGUCUUUAAACGGCGGGCCCUUGCACUCCUAGAUGAACUUUAUAUUAUUUCGCCUCCCACUACAACUUCAAGCACUGAAUCAUACGUUGAGUGUAAUUAUGGUGACCAAGAUUUAACUGCCAGUGAUAUAUUAGAACAUAGCUAUGGAAGUAUUGUGAAAGUGGAACCUUAUAGCACAGAGAGUCAACAUGAAACAGAAUGAACUUUAUUCUAGUAUGUGGUUUUAGGUCAUGUUGGAAAAACAUAGCAAAGCGUUGGUGGAGAGACAAUUAAAUUGUUUGUACCUAUUUAGUUUUUCAGGCUUAAGGCUAUUUUUCUCAAGUAAACCCUUUCACUAUUAUUCACAUUUCUAAUUUAUGAACCCACAGUGAGCGGUUGCUGCAAGCUUACCAAACUUGAAUUAUAUUAGAUUGUUAAUUCGUGUUAUAAAAAUGACAAUUACUUUCAUUAUUGUUACUAAAUUGAGUCAUAUGCUAAUGGCGAGAUAAAUAUAGCACCGAGUAUUACACCAGAAUAAAAAGCAAGACCUUGAAUAAUAUUUUUAAGAAAAAGCUCAUAUUUUCUUGUAUGAUAUGAUAAGAUUUUGUUUAAUUUUUAUUGAGAAAAGUAACGGAUUUCAUCCUUAACAUAUAAUAACGUAAUUGAGAACAAAGUGCCAUUAUGCUUUUGUAAACAAUCACAUCAAUCAUCAAUACUUGUUGCUUUGGCCGUUAAUUAUAAAGCAAACACAAUGCAAUAUUGUUUAAAAGUUCCGUA